CACGCCCGGGGAUCCUCACCCCUCCUCGUCGUCGCUCUCCUCGCCGCCUCGCGCCGCCGCCCGCCGCCGUCCCGCAUCGGCGCCGCCGCUUUCCUCCAUCCCGCACCGGCGCUGCCCGUCUCCCUCCCACACCCGCAUACCUCCCCGCUCCCCCCCCCCCUCCCAACCCCAUCCCUGCACCCGCGCCGCCACCCCUUCCCGCACCCGGCAACACCCCCAGCCCUCCUCCCGCACCGGCGACGCCGCCGCCCGUGCCCCCCUCCCUGCACAAAUCAGGGCAGGCCACAAGGGCCGCCCGCGAGCGUCCCUGGGCGGGGUGCCCUCCAGGCCGGCGCCCUCCCCGACGGAGGAACGGGGGCUAGGGCUCUGGCCGCCAGCGGCAGCCCUCCGGCGACAGUGCCCGCCCGCCGGUUUGAGCAGUGGGCAACUGAUGCCGGACAAAUGCAAGUUUGAGCACUGAAGACGUUUUAAUGGCCACCAAUUCGUGACCUUUGGUGUGGCUCAGAGCCUGAUUCUUCUAGCAGAAAUCACUGCAAUACAUUAUGAAGAAUAGCGAUGGAAACCGGAUCAGGUUACAGCCAAUGUGGAGAAAAGUUGCCUAUGGGGGAAGGCAACCAGGUUAUGAUGACAACUACACUGACGAGUCAUUCCUCGAGGAGAUGGUUAUGAAUGCUAAUGUCGUCAAGAGGGACCUUCUGAAAGUGAUGAUCGACUCCGUCUCCAUUUCUCAAUAUCUCUGCAUCGUUGCUCUUGUGGUUUCGACAUGGACCUUGACGCUGAACUUGGACAUUGAUGAGGCUACCCUUCUCAAACUAGAUGUUGGUCUCCUACUGGUUGGGUUCUCUGUCCUAUUGCUCACGACUUGCCCAUUCUCGCUGAAGCUUCUGACAAAGUAUGUCCUCAACAUAUCAUUCUUCAUCAGUGGUCUUUAUGUUCUUGCGCCCAUUUACCAUACCCUCACUAGAUCCAUCAGUUCAGACUCAAUAUGGGCCCUUGCUGUAUCUCUUCUGCUGGUUCAUCUCUUUCUGCAUGACUAUUCUGGUUCAACUAUAAGGCCUCCAGGAGCACUCAACAAUCCAAAGUUAACCAGCAACAUCUCCUUGAAUGCGUCGAUAGUUGCAUCUGUCCUUGUGGCUUCACGUCUGCCAUCAAGGCUACAUGUCUUUGCGAUCAUGCUCUUCUCCUUGCAAGUCUUCCUGUUUGCACCCCUCAUUACAUUUUGUGUCAAGAAGUACCACUUUAGGCUUCAUCUGCUGUUCUCCUUCACAUUGAUGGUUGUGACCCUGAGUGUCACAUACCAGUUGCACCGAAUGUUCUUCAUUCUACUGUUGUCACUUCUUGUGUUUAUUUCAGUUGUUUGCCCUUAUUGGCUUAUUAGGAUUCAAGAAUACAAGUUUGAGAUCAAUGGCCCCUGGGAUGAAGCAAAAUUAUGUUUUGAUAUAACUGAAUGAAUUGAUUGUAUCCAUCUAUAGCUGAUGUGCAGCUAGUCAGUCUUUAGUGUAUUCAUGUGAAUGUGUAUACUCUUGAUAUAUAUUUGUUCUGUUGCCGUGAUUCUAACACAUGAUAUGCCUUUUUUCUGGAAUCUUGAAUGAUGUCUAACUAUUUAGGUUAUUUCUGGUGUCACAGGCUGAUUUAAAUUUUAAUGAGUAUCUUUGUAAGCAAGAACUUCAUCUUUA